GGAGAGAAGUGAUGUGUCAGGAAAUCUGAUUGGUCAGAUUUUGCCGCAGCCCCCAAAUCCUUGAAACUCAGAGAGGCGCAUUUCCAACCCCAAAACAGCCGCAGACGCGCGCCCCUCGCUCGGCAGACGCACCAGAAGGGCAGCGAGAGGAGCCGCAACGGACUUCGAAAGCGGCUGCUGUUUUAAGCAAGGGACACGGGAGACUCCACUACAAUCCCCGGAGGUAGGGCUUGAUAAUGAGUCUCUGCAUCCCAACUGUGUGCGCGGCGCGGUUAUAGGAAUCCGGGGACAGGGGCUCCGUCUUUAUUUUCCUAGAAAGCCUUGGGGAGCGUAACUCCCGCAGGGAACAGACACCUGGGGUGGGGGAGGGGGAGAGAGGCGGGCUAAGCCCCCCCCUUUCUUUUCAGUUCUCAAUCAGGUCGCCACGCAGACAAUAUACCGAGACUUCAUGUCUCGUUUUGGGAGUGGGUCAGUUGUGUGUGAUUUGAUUUCGCCAUGUCUGGUCGCGGUAAGGGUGGCAAAGGCUUGGGGAAGGGGGGUGCUAAGCGCCAUCGUAAAGUGCUUCGGGAUAACAUCCAAGGUAUUACCAAGCCAGCGAUUCGUCGCUUGGCUCGACGCGGGGGAGUGAAGCGUAUUUCGGGGUUGAUCUACGAAGAGACCCGGGGAGUGCUGAAGGUGUUCUUGGAGAACGUGAUCCGCGAUGCUGUCACUUACACUGAACAUGCCAAGCGAAAGACUGUAACGGCUAUGGAUGUGGUUUAUGCCCUGAAGCGCCAGGGUCGUACUCUCUAUGGUUUUGGCGGCUAAGCGGGUCAUUAAAGUCAACAGGAUAACCCAAAGGCUCUUUUAAGAGCCACCCACACUUUCAUAAUAAGAGUUGAAUU